UCUUCUCCCUUCCUUUCCUUCCUUCUUCUUUCCCUUUCCUCUUCUUCACUUCCCUCCCUCCCUUCUCUAUUCAAUUCCUUCCUUUCCUUCAUUCUUCUCUCCUCUAGCCUUCCUUCCUACCUUCUUUUCAGUUUUCUCCCUCCUCUUCUUUCCUUCCUCUUCUCUUCCCCUUCCUCCAUUCGUUCCUUCCUUUCUUCUCUCUCCUUUUCCCCUCCUUCUCCUUUCUUUCCCUCCCUCCUUCCUUCCUUUCUGCUUUCCCCCAUCACUCUCUAUUCUCUAUUUUCCUUCUGUUUCCACCUUUCUAGAUAACAAAUUGCAGAGAAGGUGCCUAGAGGCCUCAGUGGAAGGCCCUUCCCUGUCCUAAGAAAUUUCCAGUCUCUCCCUUCGCCACCUUUUUGAAGUAGACUAAGCCCCCGAAGGCACGACCCACAGAGCGACGAGACUGCAGCUCUCCCACAAGUCCCUUAAUUGAGGAUCGGACGACACUUGCUUUUCUUUGUCCCAAGUCUUCUCCUCACCUCUAUAAAAAUUUCUGUCCAGAGACAUCCUCCGUAUCCCGCCCCCGAAAUCAAACCACGCCAAACUCUCGGCGCCAAGGCAAGUGUGCGAAGCCGGCGAGGCGGGUUACAGAAUCUCCACCCAAUCCUUCUUUUCACUGGUUCACCCUAGCUUAUACCCUUCAGGGCACGCACCCUCCCGCCAGCAGAUGGCGCCGUGACGCGCGCCCUGUUCCGCCUCACACUCCGGUCCGACGGCCCCUCUACUUCCGCCGCGAGCGCUCGACGUGAGCCUUGCAACCCCGGGAAGAUGGCAGCGCCCUCAUGCAUGUGGUAGCCUAGGUAGGGCCGGUUGCCCGGGACGUAGGAGACCAUGAAGCGCAAGACCGGCCCAGGCCGCCAUGGCGGCGCGAUGAAACGGUUGCGGUUGGCAGUAGAGGAGUUCGUGCAUGCGGCCACCGGAGACAAGAGCCCCGGCAGCGGAGAGGACUCUGGCCACACCGAGCGGCCGCAGACAGCCUUGCGCCUCGGUGGAAAGAAGCGCCGCAAAGAGUUGAAGAGGGAGAAGCGGCACCUGAGGAAAGCCCGCCGGCUUCAGCGGACCGGGGAGCCGGUCAGGGCCCCGGGAGCAGUCCAGGAGCGGCCGGGGGGAAACAAGAAGCCAGUAGGCGCGGCUCCGACCUUGGCCUCUGGGAAGCUGCCGCCGCAGCCGAAGCCGCAGCCGAAGCAACAGAAGCAAAGACCGCCGCAGCCGAAGUCGUCGCUACCCCAGGACGGCCUCCAACGCGGUUCCACUAAGGCCCAGGUCCGGGGACUAGGCGCCGCCGCCACUGCGGCUCGGAAACGGGCGCUUUUGGCAGCCAACGAGGAAGAAGAUCGCGAAAUUCGCAAGUUGGAGCGCCGCCUGGGUCUGAAUAAGCGCCGCCAAAAGAAGGGCGACGGCGACGGCGGCUCUACCACUGCGACGCUGCCGUCCAGUUUCGUCCGAGACGGUCUGGACUACAUCCUCGGAGCGUUGGAAGCGGGCGGCGGCUCCGCCCUGUACGAAGAGGGGGACGAUGAGGAGGAGAGUGGGUCACCACAGCCCCGAGGGAGCAUCCUGGACGAGGACGUUGGAGAAGACUGGAGCAGUGACGACGACGAGGACGACGAAGAGGCUGUUAUGGAAGAGGAUCUCCAAGAAGAAGAGAAGGAGGAGGAGGACGCCGCAGACUUGCAGGUAGAGGCCAAAAAGGAAAAAAAGAUGGAAAGGAAGAGGGUGCGUUUUGCAGAUGCGGAAAGUGGAGAUUCUUCCCCAGAAGAUGAGAACACCACCAAUGAGGUGCAUUGUAAAAGUACAAAGUAUAUCCCACCUCAUGUGAGAAGAUCUGAGGAAGCAGUGGAUGCCAAAAAGAAGGAAGAACUAGAAAGGUUAAAGAAAAAUGUGAAAGGUCUAAUUAACAGGUUGAGUGAACCCAAUAUGGCUUCUAUAAGUGGGCAAUUGGAAGAGUUGUAUAUGGCAAACAGUAGAAAGGAUAUGAAUGAUACUUUGACAGACGUUCUUAUGAAUGCUUGUGUAACUGAAGCUGUGAUGCCUGCUAGACUGAUGAUGGAACAUGUCCUUUUGGUUAGCAUUCUUCACCACACAGUAGGAAUUGAGGUUGGUGCUCACUUUUUGGAAGCUGUGGUGAAGAAAUUUGAUGAAUUACAUAAAACUGGUAGUGAGGGGAAAGAAUGUGACAACCUCUUUGCCAUAAUUGCCCAUCUAUAUAACUUUCACGUGGUACAAUCUCUACUCAUCUUUGACAUUCUCAAAAGACUUGUUGGAACUUUCACAGAAAAGGACAUUGAACUUAUUCUUCUCAUGCUGAAAAAUGUUGGGUUUUCCUUGAGAAAAGAUGAUGCUUUAUCUUUGAAGGAACUAAUCAGUGAAGCCCAGACCAAAGCCAGUGGAGUAGACAAGAAGUUCCAAGAUCAGACUAGGAUUCGGUUCAUGCUUGAGACCAUGUUGGCACUCAAGAAUAAUGAUAUGCGCAAGAUUCCAGGCUAUGACCCUGAACCUGUGGAGAAACUAAGAAAACUACAGAGAACUUUGAUUCGAAACAGUGGUUUUGGUAAAGAAACGCAACUUCGGGUCUCUUGGGAAAGCCUUUUGAAUGCAGAGCAGAUUGGACGAUGGUGGAUUGUAGGGUCAUCCUGGAGUGGAGCCCCAAUGAUUGACAGCAACAGUAACAGCCAGCAGAAACAACAUACAGGGAAGGUUAGUUCAAAGAUACUAGAGCUUGCCCGAAAGCAGAGAAUGAACACUGACAUCAGAAGAAAUAUUUUUUGUACAUUAAUGAUUAGUGAAGAUUUUCUGGAUGCAUUUGAAAAGCUCCUAAAGCUUGGGCUGAAGGAUCAGCAAGAAAGAGAGAUAGUUCAUGUUCUCAUAGAUUGUUGCCUACAAGAGAAAACAUAUAACCCUUUUUAUGCAUAUUUGGCUAGCAAAUUUUGUGAAUAUGAAAGGAGAUUUCAAAUGACAUUCCAGUUCAGCAUAUGGGACAAGUUUCGGGAUUUAGAAAAUUUAUCAGCUACAACAUUUUCUAAUUUUGUACAGUUGGUGGCCCAUUUACUGAAGAAAAAAUCACUUCCACUUUCCAUCUUUAAGGUAAUUGAAUUCAGUGAACUGAACAAACCCAAAGUACACUUUUUACGGAAAAUAUUAUACAUGCUAUUAAUGGAAACAGAAAUUGAAGAACUUACUAUAAUUUUUGGCAGAGUAUCUGACAAUCCAAAGCUUGGAAUGUUGCGGGAAGGUUUGAAGCUUUUUAUUAGCCACUUCUUACUGAGGAAUGCACAGGCCCAGCAAAGUGCUGAAGAAGCCAACGCGCUUAGAGAAAGAGCAGAUCUUGCAACAAAAUCUUUGCAAGGAAAACCAUCCUUAAAAAUGUAGUGUUGGGGGAAAGGGCUACAUGAUCAGAAUGAGUUUGUAAAACCAGAGAAUCUGUGAGCUUAAAGAGCCAAUAUUUCUAGGUAUGAGAACUCUUGAGUGAGACUUUAAAAGAAAAUUUUUAUAUAUCCUUAUUGUUUGUAUAUAAAGUAUAUUGGGUAUAUAAUUUAUACAGUUUUUAUAUAGAAAAUAGUUUUCUAUUGCUGGAUGUAAUGGGACCUUGAUACUAAUUAAGAGUAGACCACUAGAUGGUGCAAUAAUCAUGAGAAAAUUCAAUGUUAUCAAUAACUGAAUUUUUUAAUAAAAAAUAUUCCUUCAAUAAAAUUAUUUAAGUAUGA